AUGGAUGGGCAUGGGCAUGGGGAGAUCCAAAGGAGGCCCCGAUCCCGUGUCCAAUCGACACGAUCAUCCUCUGAUCCCGGUCAUCUUUGCUUUGCUAGUUUUUGCUGGGCUUCUAGUCAUCCCCGUCUCAGCCCAUCCUUCGACGUCGGUCAGUCAGUCAGUCAGUCAGUGAUUUGUGCUCACGCACAAGCGUAUAGCCCACAGUCAUUCUAUCUACUACAUGGUCGCCGUUAUGAAUGGAGGGGAGGAGGGGUCAUGCAUUGUGACGCAGUGACAUACGGUCUAGUGGACAUCGUCCUGGAAUUUCCGACGUCGCGCUGCAUGGUCGAAGCCUAUCCUGCAUCCGCACGGCGUACGCAAUCCAACCAACCCAUAGCCUAUGCAGGGAAUGAUUGGAUUGUCUAUGGGUCGUUGCCAGAAAUAGGAUCGGUAGCAACACCAGAUGGUCAUCCCGGUUUUGGUAGCAUGUCUCACUCAACCCGCUACGGCUGCUGCAAGCCUGUGGGACUUGACCGAGCUUUCAUUCGGUGCUAUCUACUCGGAGAUGACUACCAGAAAGCAAGACAGUCCCUGAAAUGA